UUUUCAGAAGAUAAUUAAAUAUAAAUAAAUAAAAUAAGAAGUUGACAAAAGGAGUCGAAUAUCCACUUUGGAUCCCCUGGUUGAUGAUAAAUAAAAAUCGAAGUGUAUCAGUUCUAGACAAGCUAUUAAAUUCCAGGAACGGAAUUUCGAAAAGCACGUUCUUCGUCUCGGAUUCAGAAAACGGAGUUCAAGAUCUCAUGCGUAUUUGCUUCACAAUCUUCUUAAUUGGUGUUCUUGUUAAGUUAUGUGAUGGAGGAAUUACCAGUGGAUAUAUUAGAGGAAGUGAUUUACCCGAUGAUAUGCCAUUAGACAGCGAUGUCUUUACAGUUCCUCCUGGUUCAAAUACUCCCCAACAGGUUCAUGUAACGCAAGGGAACCAUGAAGGUAAUGGAGUUAUCAUUUCAUGGGUGACUCCCGUUAAGCCCGGUUCUAAAAGCGUUCGCUAUUGGUAUGAGAAUGAUAAAUCGAAGAGGCAAGCAGAAGGAACCAUUAACACCUACCGGUUCUUCAAUUACACAUCUGGUUACAUCCAUCACUGCGUCAUUGAUGAUUUGGAAUUUGAUAUGAAAUACUACUAUGAAAUUGGGAGUGGGAAGUGGUGUAGACGGUUCUGGUUCUUCACUCCACCUAAACCAGGAAUUGAUGUACCUUACACCUUCGGGUUAAUUGGGGAUCUUGGACAAACUUAUGAUUCAAAUAGAACUUUAAGCCACUAUGAGAUGAAUCCGGGAAAAGGACAGGCUGUUUUGUUCCUCGGAGACUUGUCUUACGCAGAUCGCUACCCUUUCCAUGAUAACAACAGAUGGGAUACUUGGGGAAGGUUCGUUGAGAGAAACGCUGCUUAUCAACCUUGGAUAUGGACUGCAGGAAACCACGAAAUAGACUAUGUUUCUGACAUUGGUGAAACAGAACCGUUUAAGCCUUAUACAAAUCGGUAUCAUACGCCAUAUAAGGCAUCGGGAAGUAUCUCUCCAUUGUGGUAUUCCAUCAAGAGGGCUUCAGCUUAUAUUAUUGUUUUGUCAUGUUACUCAUCAUAUGGGACAUACACUCCUCAAUACAAAUGGCUGGAAAAGGAGUUUCAAAGAGUGAAUCGAACAGAGACGCCAUGGCUUAUAGUCUUAGUACAUUGCCCGUUAUACCAUAGCUAUGUGCAUCAUUACAUGGAAGGUGAAACAUUGAGAGUCAUGUACGAGAAGUGGUUUGUCCAAUUUAAAGUUGAUGUUGUGUUUGCAGGUCAUGUUCAUGCCUAUGAGAGAUCGGAACGUGUUUCUAACAUUGCUUACAACAUUGUCAAUGGAUUGUGUGAGCCAAAAUCGGAUGAGUCGGCUCCUGUAUACAUAACCAUCGGGGAUGGAGGAAACUCAGAAGGCUUGCUUACUGACAUGAUGCAGCCACAACCAAGCUACUCAGCUUUUCGAGAACCUAGCUUUGGGCACGGGUUGUUGGAGAUCAAAACAGAACUCAUGCCUACUUCAGCUGGAAUCGGAACCAAGAUGGGUAUUCUGUGGAAGCAGAUUCUGUGUGGUUGCAUAAUCGGUUUUGGCGAGCUCCAAAGGUGACGCCACUUGUUACAUUAUAAACAGAAAUUGAUCUAUGAUAAACGAUGUAUCCAAAAGGUGAAAGUUAUCAAGUAUAUUGAUAUUUUCGCUAUUGAGGUAGCUUUUCAAUAUCCCGUACAAAUAUAUGAUUUUUGAAAGGCAGAUGAUGCAAUCUGCAAAAUAUGAUAUGAAAAAAUGAGAUUUAAAAUAUAUUUAUUUGAUGAUUAUAUGAGUUAUAGAUUUUAAAUGUGUUAUAAGAAUCAAAAUA